CCCGGGACCCCCACUGUCUCAGGGCUUGUUGGAUUUCCUAUUCAAGCCCCAGUAGCGCAGAAGAGCGGGCGGGAAUCUUGGCAUUUUCGGGUUCGGGGCAUUUGUUGCAAUAUUUCACAUGGGGGAUUGGCUGUUGAGUGUCGCGGACUACUGAGGACCUCAGGACAUUUCACUCAGUGCCUUUGGCACGGUGGUGGGGUAUCUCUACACACUGAAUGUGUCUGCCAACGCGCUCGAGACUAUGAGGAUCAUCGCCGGACAUAUACAAAUGCAAUGAUGUAGAGUUGGAUUUUGCUAUAUGUCAUGGCGCCCCCUCGCAAGGGGGCCGUCGGGUAUUGCUCCUGAGGUGCUACUCAAUAAGGGACAUGGUAAACCUGUGGACUGGUGGACUCUUGGCAUUUUGGUGUAUGAAAUGAUAGUGGGAUACCCCCCCUUCGUGGACGAAGACCCCAUGGGCAUCUACCAAAAGAUUCUCAGCGGCAAGAUAGUUUUUCCCAAAGUCUUCAACAAGGAGGCGAAGGGCCUUGUGAAGAAACUUCUCACAGCAGACCUCGGCAAGCGGUAUGGCAACCUGAAGAAUGGUGUAGAUGAUAUCAAGCAGCACAAAUGGUUUCAGAGCAUAGUCUGGAGCGAGCUUCUCAGCAAGAAGAUUCCUUCGCCUUUCAAGCCGAAGGUCGCAUCUGAGACCGAUACGAGCAACUUUGACGAAUACCCAGACUCCGACGAACAGCCGCCAUCUGUGCCGGCUGGGCAGGACCCCUGCUGCUUCUGUUGCUCUGCCUUCUCCUCUCCUCCUUCUGCUGCCCUUCCUUCUUCUCCUUCUUCUUCUCCUGCUCCUGCUUCCAAUUCUCUUCUGCUGGUGUUGCUCCUCUUUCUCCUCCUCCUCCUGGUGACCUCCUCUUCCGAUUUGGGAAGACCAGCGUGAACAUUAGCCUUCGUAGAUCCGCUCGCAUCUCCGAAAGUUCACGUUUGCGCGGCUUAUCAUGUCAUCCCUCUGCUCUUACAGGAUCCCUUCGUCGCCUGGUGAUCGGGUUUCCGAACGCCACUUGAUGCCAGCAGCGGUCCUCGCUUGACAAGGGCCGACCGCUCUGCCACAAUAGAGCCUUGACGCGGCAGAGUGCCCGUCAACAUUGGCGCGGCGCUGCCACGCACUGUGACAAAGAGCCCGUGCCAGUGCCGCGCCGUUCUCGUUCCCUGUUGUCGUCGUCGCUCCUCCUCCAUGCCUGCCUCCUCUCACUCCUGCC